AUGGGUGGUAUAAGCACUGAAUACAUUCUGAAGUUCCCUACAGUCAUUACAAAUGUAGGAAACCACUACAACCCAACUGACGGAAUCUUUAUCGCACCUGUUCACGGUCUUUACCUGUUCUAUUGGACCAUGCAAUGUUACCACAGUGGCAGCGCUCACUGCAGUACCGCUCUAAAGAUAGACAACUCAUUGAAAGGAAAAAUUCGAUCCGGGGAAAAUGCUGGAAGUUAUUACCAUACUGGGUCCAACACAGUUAUCGUUGAGGUGGAAGCUGGAGAGCACGUGUGGAUUGAAAAUGUACAUUACUCUAAUGCUGACAUUUACGCUUAUUCCUCAUUUGGGGGAACUCUUUUGUCCAUUUUAUAA